CCUCCCGCGGUAGCUCGGCGCCAGGUCGCCCCAAUCCCCCCUCCCGCCUUCCCCACUCUCUCGGUCCCACCCUCCCUAGCAUUGUGCCCGGGGCUCCAAGGCGCUUCCGCUCUGCUGAGCCGCGGGUGGAGGGAGUUGCUACCGAGGAGCUUCUCGCUUCCUCGGGCAGGGACACAGUCGUAACCAAGGCAAUGUCUUACUACCUCAACUCAGAAAACCACCUGGACCCAGGGCCCAUCUACGUGAGAGAAAGUGGGCAGCUGCACAUGGUCAAUCUGGCCCUGGAUGGUGUCAGGAGUAGCCUACAGAAGCCAAGGCCUUUCAGACUGUUUCCCAAAGGCUUUUCUGUGGAGCUCUGCAUGAACAGGGAAGAUGAUACUGCACAGAAAGAGAAGACUGAUCAUUUCAUCUUCACAUAUACCCGGGAGGGGAAUCUUCGGUACUCCGCCAAAUCCCUCUUCAGCCUUGUCCUGGGCUUCAUCUCUGACAAUGUUGAUCACAUUGAUUCCCUUAUUGGCUUCCCUGAACAGAUUGCUGAAAAGCUGUUUUCUGCUGCUGAAGCCAGGCAGAAAUUCACAGAGCCGGGUGUAGGGCUCAGGGCUUUACAGAAAUUCACUGAGGCCUAUGGAAGCCUGGUGCUUUGCUCGCUGUGUUUGCGAAACAGAUAUCUGGUGAUCUCAGAAAAACUUGAAGAGAUUAAGUCUUUUCGGGAGCUGACCUGCCUGGACCUUUCCUGUUGCAAGCUUGGAGAUGAACAUGAACUUCUAGAGCAUCUUACCAAUGAGGCCCUGUCUAGUGUAACCCAACUCCACCUGAAGGACAAUUGUUUAUCUGAUGCCGGGGUACGGAAAAUGACAGCACCAGUUCGAGUGAUGAAAAGAGGCCUUGAAAAUCUGACAUUGUUAGACUUAUCUUGCAACCCUGAGAUCACAGAUGCAGGAAUUGGAUACCUCCUUUCUUUUAGAAAACUAAACUGCCUAGAUAUCUCUGGAACAGGGCUCAAGGACAUCAAGGCCAUCAAACACAAGCUUCAGACUCACAUAGGCCUCGUUCACUCCAAAGUGCCUUUGAAGGAAUUUGACCAUAGUAACUGCAAGACAGAGGGCUGGGCUGAUCAGAUCGUUCUGCAGUGGGAGCGUGUGACUUCAGAAGCUGUGAAGCCACGAGAAAACUCGGAGCCUCGGAUGGCAGCUCAGCACUUCUAUGGGAAGCGAUCUCGAACAGAAACUCCAGUCAAGUGCCCCCUAGCAGACACCCACAUGAACUCUUCUGAGAAACUCCAGUUCUAUAAAGAGAAAGCCCCAGACUGCCAUGGGCAGCUGUUGAAACGGGAGUCUGCCCUGUGCCAGGAGUCAAAGAAGAGACCUUUUGAGGAUCCAGAGAACGAACAGAAUAGCUCUUCACAGUCUUCAAAGCAGAAAUAUGUAUGUCUUACUGUGGAAGAUUGGGACUUGUUAAAUUCUUACUGAUCGGCAAAUAGAAGUUGAAUCUCUCCCUCCCUCGCCCCCUGCUCCCCCCUCCCAGUUCUAAUGUAUGAGGAAAGGGGACUGAUGAUGUUUACUUUUGGUUGAAUUUACCUAUGACAUUAGCAUAGCAAGCAGAUAUUUCUACUUUUGUGAUGGGGGAGGGGACUGCUAUGGAAGUAUGUAAUAAUUUCUAAUGUAUAUUUUCAAUACAUAGUAAUUUUUUCAAAUAAAUGUUUUUUCUGUCCUU